GUGUCCAGAGGUAACAAUUUUAUCUUUUUAUCUUUUUGUUGUCUACAUUAGCAUAUUGUACUCUGUGAACUGCUUGUAAGCGUUCCGCGUUUCUCAAAAUGGCAUCAAGUUCUGUAAGGACUAUGGUUAAUUUGGUAUGUCAAGGCUGCUCGUUAAAACACUUAAGCUAGAAUUUAUGGUUCCUGUGUCCGCACUAAAGAAACUUCUUUGUAAUAGCUUAAGUCCAAAGGCUUACCUGCGAUUUGCCCUUCAGCAUUUUCGCUGGUUGCCAUCGAUUACAGAUACAUAUUGAGGUAAGUUCUCUUUCACAUCGUAUAUGGACAAGGCGACUGCGAAUGAUUUAUAGGUUAUUUGGUUUGCAGUAAUGCGACUGUGUGUUAUUGGCGACUUAUCCACUGCGUAGUACGUGCUGCACUAUUGGCCAGUGAACGGUCUCCUGUUAUAUCUUCCAUACAAAUAUGUUUUGUUGACAGUUGGAGAAGUAUCUGAAAUACUAUUCCUACAGAUGUUUGAAAUAUGGGAAUUUACUUCCGGACUAUGCAAUCACUUGAUUGACUUACUGACACGGUGCUGUUGUCAAAAUCGAAUGGUGACUAAUUAGAAUAUAAUUCUUCUAGGAACUUUCGAUCAUCGGAAUCAAUUUCUAAUGCGCAAACACUUGGCCUAUGUAAGAAUGGAUAACCUCUUGUAGAGGCAUCUAGAAAGAAUCGCGAUGUUCGAGUUAGUACUCUUCCUGUCGGUCCUGCUCGGGAUCUAUGUGUACCGUCGAUUCUUUACCCGACUUCCACCAGGUCCUAUUUGCUGGUAUCCGUUUGUCGGCUAUUUGCCCUUCCUAACCAAAGACCCGCCCAGGCAUCUGGAUGAACUUCGUCGAAAAUAUGGAUCCAUUUUCGGAGUUAGAACCGGUUCAUAUACUCUUGUUCCCUGUAGCAAAUGCCGUAUACAGCUGGUUCUACCUGAUUCUACAGUGACAAAAACCCCGAAUUCAGCUAAACUAUACUUCGGCUCGCGUUACGUUGUCUGCUUGGCCGACUUCCAGACGAUGAAAGAAGUGUUUAAUAAAGACGUCGCCCUUGAACGCCCCCCCGAAAUACCGUUUGCCAUUUACCAGGAGUCUAUGAAUCUGAUGACAAUGAAUGGACCUUUUUGGCAGGAACAAAGGCGGUAUGCUCUUCAGCUCUUUAAGAGUUUUGCUUUCACUGAAAAAACACUCGAACAUCAUAUUCAGCUGGAGGUUUCACAUCUUCUUAUGGAGAUCGACAAACAUCUGAACACGCCGUUUGAACCGACAAUUUUGCUAAUUCCGUCAAUGUCAAAUAUCAUCUCUUCACUGACCUUUGGCAAGCGUUUUGAAUAUGACGAUCCGGACCGAAUAAUGCUCGAUAAUCUUAUUAUGGAGAUUCCCCGUCGUGCUGGACAGGUAACUUACAUUCACUACAUGCCGUGGCUAAAAAAGAUUGCCCUCUGGCUAAAGUGGGGGUCAUGCAACAAACUUCGCGAAGCUCUUAUUCAACGAGAGGCUUUCUGCGAGAAACGAGUCAAAGAGCAUGAGGAAACCUUUAAAGAUAACAUGUUUCGAGAUUACAUUGAUUAUUUCCUGCAUGAGAUGAAGAACGAAACGAAGGGACCAUCCUUCAGAAGAAAUGUCUUGAUUGGAAAUGUAGCCUCAUUCUUCGGCGCGGGUUCAGAGACAGUUCGAACAACCAUUGACUGGCUCCUUUUAGUCUGUGCAGCGCAUCCUGAUAUCCGAGUAAAAGUCCAAGCAGAGAUCGAUCAAGUGAUUGGCGAUCGUAAGCCAACGUGGGACGACAAUCGAAGCAUGCCUUACACAAUGGCCGUUAUUUGGGAACUCUUCCGUUGGAAGCCUAUCAAUCCAAUCAAUAUUCUACGCAAGUCGACGGAGGAAACCUAUGUCAAAGGUUACCGCAUUCCCAAGGGAUCGAUUGUGAUCUCAUGCAUUUGGUCUAUUCACAACGACAAGAACUUUUGGGAUCAACCUGAUGAAUACCGUCCCGAACGCUUUCUCAAAAGAUCCGAGAGCGGCGAACUGAAAGUUCAUAAACCUGAGCAUCUCGUCCCGUUUUCUUACGGCAAGCGCGCGUGUCCAGGUGAAGUUAUCGCUAAAAUGGAAGUGUUUAUCUAUUUCGUAUCAAUCCUUCAAAAAUUUCAUGUCUACCCACCGCCCGGAAAAAAGGUUUCGUUUGCCGAAGUGGUAGGCGUCUCCUUGCGACCGGUUUCGCAAAGUAUUCUCUUCCAAAGAAGGGUCACGCAAUAAUGGCAAGAUUCGUUACUAUCCACUCUGCUCCUCUGACAACAAUAGUAAUGACAUUUCUGUGAAAAACUACUACCAAACGAUGCAUAGUAUAUAACGUAGCUCUAAAGAGCUACAUUAUAUGCUAUACAAACAGAAUAGUAUUUAAAUAAAUAAUAUUUAGUACAUUGACAUUUUAAAGAGUACAGUGUUGACACGUAAAAACAUAAUAGGUUAACUUGAGUUCGACCUUUUUUGACAGUAACUUUCAGUGAACUUCCUUCUCCGUACGUCCCUUAGUAAAUACUUAUAAACAUAGCAAACUGUAUCUUCCAAUGGAUGUUGAGAGAAGAAUUUUAAAAAAAACUGAGGCAAACGAUGGCAAAUGCAGGAUUAUAUCUUGACGAGAUUCACAAAAAGUGAAUCGGCAAAAUAAAAGUUGCUACCUAAAACUUCAGAAACUGGUUGACAGAUAUACACUUCAUAAAACUAUAUUAAUUAACAUGACUCACGUUCGCAUGAUAAAGAAAAAGGAGACGUGGAAUAAAGCUGUUAUGUGACAAGAAACAUAUACAGAUAGAUUCUAUACUUCUUUGUCUAAGCGAUAUGUAAUGGUUGAAAACAGUGUAGGAUCGAUUACCCGAUUUAUAUAUAUAUAUAUAUAAAUUGGAGCCUCAAUGCUGGUGAGGAAAGGUCUAUAUGGCAAACAAACGCAGCCAAAUCUUAGCCCAAAGGAAACUUAAACCAGGAGUUUUUCUGUAUAUCUACUACACUGUACUUCAGAACUUCUUACGGCCACAUCUAUGCUAUGAUCCUCCGUUUACAGUUUAGGAAACAACUGUCUUUAUAUCACUACAUUAGUUUUAGUAUAGCCAAAUUCGUGGUUCUCGCAAAGAAAUACCUACUUUAAAUAAAACUUUUUUUCUUAAUAAAGAUAUACCCAUGACAUUAAAUUCA